CAGAGACUUCUCUGCCCAUUUUGACUCCUGGAGCACUCAGAAAGAACAAAUCAGAAGCGGACUCUCCAUCCAUCAGCCUGACACCUCCUCCCUAACGCCAGCCCCCGCCCCCUGGCUGUUCCUGUCCCAGAAAGCCCUGGAGGGAGAGGCCCCGGGAAGGAAGAGGCCUGCCCACUCUCCACUGUUCUUCUAGCCACCCAGCACCAGCAUCUGGAGACACCAUGGCCCUGGCUUCCUGGGGCUGCUGCUCCUGGCUUAUCCUCCUCUGUGCUUAUGCCUGGGGCCAUCCAAAGCCAGUGGACCUAAAAACAGAGGAUGUAAGAAACUGUUCAACCAGCCCUCAGUACCUUCCAAAUACUGCGGUCAAUACCACAGCACAGCUCGCAGCCCUCCGUGAGCAGAUGUACACCAAGAAUCUCUCUGCCUACAUCAUCCCAGACACGGAUGCUCACAUGAACGAGUACAUUGGUGAACAUGACAAGCGACGUGCGUGGAUUACAGGCUUUAAAGGGUCUGCAGGAAUCGCAGUGGUGACCAUGGGGAAAGCAGGUCUCUGGACCGACAGUCGCUACUGGACCCAGGCUGAACGGGAGAUGGACUGCAACUGGGAGCUCCAUAAAGAAGUUGGCACUGCUCCCAUUGUCAACUGGCUCCUUACCAACAUUCCUCCUGGAGGGCGCAUAGGCUUCGACCCUUUCCUUUUCUCCAUUGGCUCCUGGGAGAGUUAUAACAAGGCCCUCCGAGGCUCUGACAGAGAGCUGGUGUCCAUCACAGACAACCUUGUGGACCUGGUGUGGGGGUCAAAGAGGCCUCCAGUUCCAAGUCAGCCCAUUUAUAUCCUGCAGGAGAAGUUCACAGGGAGCACCUGGCAAGAGAAAGUAUCUAGCAUCCGUAGCCAGAUGCAGAAGCAUCACAAGGCCCCAACUGCUGUGCUUCUAUCGGCGCUUGAUGAGACAGCCUGGCUCUUCAAUCUUCGCAGUAGUGACAUCCCUUAUAACCCCUUCUUCUACUCUUACACACUGCUCACGGACUCUUCCAUCAGAUUAUUUGUAAACAAGAGUCGCUUUAACUCUGAGACCCUGCAGUAUCUGAACUCCAACUGCACAAGCUCCAUGUGUGUGCAACUUGAAGAUUACAGCCAAGUCCAUGACAGCGUCCAAACCUAUGCCUCAGGAGCUGUGAGGAUCUGGAUUGGGACCAGCUACACUAUGUAUGGGCUCUACAAAGUGAUACCUGAGGAGAAACUCAUAGCAGACACCUACUCCCCAGUGAUGGUGACCAAGGCGGUGAAAAACAGUAAGGAGCAGACUCUCCUCAAGGCCAGCCAUGUGCGGGAUGCUGUGCCCGUGAUCCGCUACUUGGUCUGGCUGGAAAAGAACGUCCCCAAAGGCACAGUAGAUGAGUUCUCAGGGGCAGAGCUGCUGGAUAAAUUCCGAGGAGAGGAAAAUUUUUCCUCUGGACCCAGUUUCCAAACCAUCUCUGCUGGUGGUCUGAAUGCUGCCCUGGCCCACUACAGCCCAACCAAGGAGCACCACCGCAAGCUGUCCUCAGAUGAAAUGUACCUGGUGGAUUCCGGGGGACAAUACUGGGACGGAACCACAGAUAUCACCAGAACAGUCCACUGGGGCACCCCCUCUGCUUUCCAAAAGGAGGCAUAUACCCGUGUGCUGAUAGGAAAUAUCGAUCUGUCCAGACUUGUCUUUCCUGCUGCUACAUCAGGACGAGUGAUAGAAGCCUUUGCUCGCAGAGCCUUGUGGGAUGUUGGGCUCAAUUAUGGUCAUGGGACAGGCCAUGGCAUUGGCAACUUCCUGAGUGUGCACGAAUGGCCAGUGGGAUUCCAGUCCAACAGCAUUACCAUGGACAAGGGCAUGUUCACUUCCAUCGAACCUGGUUACUAUCACGAUAAAGAAUUUGGGAUCCGUCUUGAAGAUGUGGCUCUCGUGGUAGAAGCAAAGACCAAGUACCCAGGGACCUACCUGACCUUUGAAGUGGUGUCCUUGGUACCCUAUGACCGGAACCUCAUUGAUGUCAGCCUGCUGUCCCCAGAGCAGCUACAAUACCUGAACCACUACUACCAGACCAUCCGAGAGAAGGUGGGCCCCGAGCUACAGAAGCGCCAGCUACUGGAAGAGUUCACGUGGUUGCAGCAACAAACAGAGCCCCUGUCCUCCAGGGCCCCAUGCACCACCUCCUUGGCCUCUGUGUUGGCAGUCUCUAUCCUUGCCAUCCUCGACUGGAAUGUUUAGAGACACAGGACUCCCCUGGUACCUUCUCGCUCAGCUCCCCUCACUUUGCACCAUCCAUGGCCCAAGAGUUUCUGCUUGCCCAUUGCUUGGAAACCUUUGCUCUCAGCCUCCUUCUCCAAGACCAAGCCCCAGGGAAGCAGGGCUUCUUGGCCCCAGGCAGCCCGCCCCCACCCCCCACCCCCGCACUAGGCUUGUAUACCUCACUCUCUGCUCCUAACCCCCAGCCCCGGGAUACGAGAGCCGAGUGGUUUCUUUCCUCUUGUGAGCCCAGUUAAGCCUAAACUAUAACCUGGCAGAACCUGUUGCUGUUGCCCUGACAAAAAAAAAACAGACCAAUAGAGGGCAAUGCCUUACCUCCAAGGACCCCAUGACUCUGAGAGAGCUCCACCCUAUCACCACCUGAUAGAUAUAACCAGAGCUGUUCCCAGCCACACUGACUCCUGACUCCUUGUCUCCCCAUGGCCUUGAGGUUGCCUCUGGCCGCCCCUACAUAUCCCUGGCCCUGUAAUGGCAUCCUGGCUGAAGGAACAAGGGCUGCUUCCAGGUUCCCUGCUGUUCCUGUAGAGAGAGGAAGGGAGAGCGGCUGAGCACUCUGGUUGCAUACUGCCACUCCAGGAUCAGGGUGGCCAGCCAGAAAAAGGGCAUACGCCAGCCCCCACAUCCAACACAUGAGCCCGUUGCUUCUAAACCCUGGGUGGGCUCCAUGCCAAAUCACAAGAUAGGGAGUUAAGCCGUAUGAAUUUGGCCACAGGGUAGGAGGAAAUGCAGGGAGCCCUCUUAAAUAUGGCCCUACUUGAACUUGGGAACAGCCUGAGCAGUGAUGCUGAAUCACUAUCCCAUAUUUCACAACACGUGGGAGCCCUUUUAACUUUCCAAAGUGCAGCCGCAGUGACAAUGCUAUCAAACCCUCCAGCAUCAUUGGAUGACCAUUAAUCUGUGUGACUAGUGUCUGGUUUCCCCAUUUUACAGAUAAGAAAACUGAGCUUCAGAUGGGGUGGGACCUCCCCAAAGACACACAGUGUUUGGUUAGGAUAUGAUGGGACCAGAAUGGGCUGGCAGUCCAGCUCUUUUGCCCUUUGGUACCAUGGAGAAUCAUUUAGCUUGCCUCCCAGCCCCCUCAUGGCUCUCUGAGCCCACUUUUGUUGCGGGGGGGGGGGAGUUUUCUCCAGCCAACCCAGCCGUUAGCCACCUGGGCUCACAUCCUGUUAGAUGCUUAAAACAGCCUGGCAACAAAGAUUGCCCCUGAGUUUUGCAUUGUGUCUGCUGUGUUGCUGGGGACUGCUGUUACCUGUGGCUUUUGUGGUGGGGGAGGGAGGGGAGGUGAUGAGAUGGGGGAAGGGAGAUGAGGCUCCUAGAAGCUCGGUUGGGGAGCACAUGUGCUUGAGAAUGUGCCUGUAAGCAUGCGUACAUGUACGUGUGUGAGUGUUCGUAUGCUUGCCAUGCCCAGCCAACCACCUCCUGUGCCUUGUGGAGGGCACGGAGGGGAGCCUCACACUGGGGGACAUGUCAAAUGCAGUCCAGGAAAACUGAGGCCACCACCUUUGCUCAGAAGAACACAGUCAGGAGUUGGAGAGAACCAAGCCUCUAGGGCAGAGUGCUGGGCAAAGGCACCAGGCAGAGGAGUCCCUCAGCCAAGGACCACCAGGACUAGGCUGCCAAGUGUCAGGGUGACCUGUGACAGUUACCACUGAUGCUUACAUCCAAAGGCCUCAGCUCUGAGCCAUCCUCACUGAGAGCCUCUAGCACCCAACAGUGGGCCUCUGUUGGCUGAGUCACUUGCUCCCUCACAUGCUCACCCUACAAACAUAGCUACUAAUAAUAAAAUUAAAGG